GCGUUGACGUAUUGCUGCAACGGGACAAGUAGCCAAUGCGGCCUCUAUCUAUCUAUAUGUCUAUAGAUGUAACCGAUCGGUGAGAGUUGCCGCUUGCAGUCGGGGAGGAGUUGAAAGUUGGACACGUUCUGCUUCCCGAGGUAUAUAAAAGAUUCGUUCAAAUGAGUGAAUCGUUCGUGAACGACCCAUCGCUACAUGACAAGAGAAGAGAGCUGGAAUCAGAUAAGUCGAUAUUUGGAUAUUGUUCGUCGUUAAAUCCGCCAGAGAGGGGAUAACUGACCAAAUUCAUUUUAGUCUGACUUCAGGUCUCGUGUCUGUUUGUUAAAGUUACUGGAAAACUGUGGCUAUGCUGGAGAUUUUACUGACGGUACCUUUGGGCAUAAUUUCCCUGAUCUUGCUCCUUUUGCUGUUCAGCAGGAGACGGCGGGAGGGAGAGCCUCCGCUGAUAAAAGGAUGGAUUCCAUUUCUGGGGAAAGCUCUGGAAUUCAGGAACGAUUCCUCUCAGUUCCUACAACAACUACAGAAGUGUCAUGGAGAUGUCUUCACUGUCUUGAUUGCAGGUAAAUACAUGACAUUUGUGAUGAACCCGCUCCUGUACCCAGCUGUCAUUAAGCAGGGAAAGCAGCUGGAUUUCCAUAAGUUUUCAGAUGCAGCAGCUUCCACAACUUUUGGCUUCCCUGCUGUAAACACUGGAAAGUUCCCUGGCUUAAGUGACAAAAUCCAGAGAUCAUUCCAGCUCCUUCAGGGCUGUGCUCUCAACUCUCUCACUCUCAAAAUGACGGGAAACUUACAGCUGGUCUUAAAACAAGACUUCCUGUCCAGCAAUGUGGUAGGAAGAGAGUGCGAUUGGCGGCAGGAGGACCUAUAUGAGUUUUGUGAACGUGUCAUGUUUGAGGCAACAUUUCUGACACUGUACGGACGACCUCCACAGACAAACAUGGAUGUUCACACACAGUUUCACAGGGAAAGUUGGAUAGAUGUGCUGCUGGAUAACUUCAGGAGAUUUGAUGCAAUGUUUCCUCUGCUGAUCGCCCGAAUACCCAUUGUUCUGUUGGGAAGAAUUAAAUCUAUUCGAGAGCAGUUGAUUAGGUUUUUCCAUCCUCAUAGAAUGGCAGAAUGGACCAAUCCAUCAGAGUUCAUACAGGCACGUACGGAACUUUUCAAUCAAUACGACACACUCAAAGACCUGGACAAAGCAGCUCACCACUUUGGAAUUCUGUGGGCAUCAGUGGGGAACACUGUUCCAGCAUGCUUCUGGUGCCUGUACCACCUCCUCUCCAGCCCAAAGGCAUUUUCGGUUGUGCAAGAUGAGAUAAUGGGCAUGUUUGGAGAAAAGGAGCCCGAGACUAUGACUAGAGAGCAACUUGAGAAACUGAUUUACCUUGAAAGUGCUAUAAAUGAGAGUCUCCGUCUUUCGUCUGUCUCGAUGAAUAUCCGGGUAGUUCAGGAGGACUUCUGUCUGCGUCUGAACCCCCACUGCUCGGUUUGUGUGCGUAAAGGAGAUAUUGUCACUCUUUACCCCCAGAGCACACACUUGGACCCUGAGAUCUACCCAGAUCCAGAGCAGUACCAGUUUGACCGAUUUGUGGAGAAUGGGAAGAUGAAAACAGAAUUUUACAAAGGAAAUCAGAAGGUUCGUUACUACCACAUGCCAUUUGGAUCAGGGGCUACCAUGUGUCCUGGACGAUUCUUUGCACUUAACGAGCUAAAGCAAUUUUUCUGCAUCACACUGCUGAUGUGUGACAUGCAGCUCACUGCCGGUCAGCAACAUGCAACAAUGGAGAAAAGUCGAGCAGGACUAGGCAUAAUGCCACCUGCAAAUCAUAUCUCCUUUAGAUACAGAGUCAAAAAAUGCCUGCAGACACAGGGGCUGUAGAAGUGGGUAGGUCAUGAACUAUAUUGAAGGCAGUAAAGGCAAUCAUUACUCUUCCAUUUCUAUAAUUCAUAAUUCUUUUCAUCCAUAAUUCAUAAUCCAUUUCAUAAUUCCAAAAGUAACUUAGAUGGUGCUGAGUCAAGGACAGAAAUGCUUUGUCUAGAGCAGUGGUUCUCUGCUUCAGGGCCCUAACUUUACAUUGGACAUUUCAGUGUUGAUGCACUUUUACUGUUUCAGUUUAAAAGCCUAGCCAGAUAGCUACACUAAAAACACAAACAGAUUUAUAAUAUAAGGUGUAAUUACAGCCAAUUAUUAAUGUUAUUUUAAUAAUUUUCUGUGAAACUGUCAAAGAUAUUUUAUGGCAACAUUAUUAAUAUGGAAAUAUUGAUUGACAGUAUAUUGUGGCUUAAAUUAUUAAAAUAACAAAUUAGUAUCAGUCAUUACUGCUCUCUGACAUCCACCUGAAAUGAGCGUGUCACACAUACAAUUUAAUUGUAUGGAUCAGGAAAUCAAUCAUGAUUUUAUUUUGUAUAUUUCCUCAAGAUUAAUUUCUGCCAUGAUGAGAAUAAACAUAUUACUCUAGAUUCA